AUGGCGAGCCUCUCCGACGACACCCUCCGCAAAAUUCUUGUACAGAUACAGCAGACUGCUGUACAAUCCCAGCGUGCCCUGAACAUCUCGCGGCAGCAACUCGCAACCAAGGAUCGGGAAAGGCGUAUACUUCAGCUCACCAUCGAGGAGAUCACGUCCCUGAAAGGCGACGUGAACCUGUACAAGGGUGUCGGGAAGAUGUUCAUGAUGACGCCUCGCCCGCAAAUGGAGAAGGAGUUGAAGACAGAAGAGAAGGAACUUACGGAUGACAUCAACAACUUGCAGAAGAAGGCCAAAUAUCUGGAGAAGCAGUUUAACGAUGCUCAGGCACAACUCAGAGAUAUCUUCCACAAUGCACCAUCACAAUAA